AUGACACUUCUAAGCAAAAAUUUGGUUCAGCUUAAAGAGUUGCGUAUUGGAUAUGGCGUAAUAUCCAUUAUCCAACCAGGAUUUUUCAAAAAAAUAGAAAUACUAGAUCUCCAUUAUAAUCGUAUACAAAUAAAAAAAGACUUUUUUGGAAAUGAAACAACCUGUUACUUCCCGGAACUUGUUAAACUUAAUUUGCUGGCUAAUUCCAUUACGAAUAUAAAUAACCUGUUCUGGUGUUUAGAGAAUCUAAAGUCUUUGCGUCUUUCUGGGAAUCCAAUUUUGAGUGUAUUGAAUUACACAUUUCUUACACUCCCCUCGCUUGAAUUCCUAUUCAUGAGUAAUCUUGGAUUCCGAUUUAACAGAAUAGAUGAUAGAGAAACAACCCCUUUGCAUGUACAUGUUCUAAUGUAUGGUUUCCUCAACUGGAUACGAAAGGAAAAAAGCAUUUUCAAAAAUUACCCAGAAUUGUACCAUUGUAAAACGCCUCCUGAAAAAGACGGUGAAUUGAUUAAAGAUGCAAUACCAACAAAUUUCGAAUGUUCUACAGAUAAUGAAUUAUUCACUGCCAUUGCCACAUCACUAUCAUUAUCAGGAAUUGUGUUCGUUAUCAUUUUCAGUUUAAUCUUCAGAUUACGAUGGCAUAUAAGAUAUUGGUUAUAUCUCUACCGUGUGAAAAAGAAAGGAUUUUCUCUUAUAUCAAAUGAGGAGACAGAUUACAAAUUUGAAGCAUAUGUAAUUUACUGUGACAAUGAUCUACAAUGGAUUCGAAAAAAGCUUUUAGAAAAAAUAGAAAACGAAUCGGGAAUUUCUUUAUGCAUAAGAGAUCGAGAUUUUGAAGUUGGUAAAGUAUAUGUCGAGAACAUAAUUGAAAAAAUGACCGCAAGCAGGAGGAUAGUUCUCGUUAUAUCUCAUGAUAUGGUAAAAAGCAGCUGGUGUCUGUUUGAAUCAAGAAUAGCGCAGGAAAAAUGUCUUAACAUGGAAUCUGAUGCGUUAAUAAUUCUUAUGGUAGAGGAGGUUUCCGAAGAAAAUAUGUCUUCAAGUUUGCGUGCUUUUGUUAAUUCAGCAUCAUUUAGUAAAUUUCCAACAAAAGAAUAUGACGAGAGACAGUUCUGGCUGAAAUUGACAAAAUUACUUCGAAAAGAAAAAUAGAAUUGUCAUUAACAAAUCCUGAAUAAAUCAGAUAUUAAAAUAAUUAUGGUAGUAGGCUUCCAGCAUUUGCGAAUGAAUCGCGCAAGGAUGUUCUUUUAUUUCAUUCACAAAAUGAAAGUGCUGUUUUCUGCCAGAACACACACCACUUUAUGAAGGAACAUUUUUUGUAUAGAUAACUUCAUAGUAACUUCAUGUGCAUAGGAUUUUUUUUAAAUUUUAGAAACAAAAUCUUAUACAUAUUUUUAAAUGAAACACGUUAAUAGAUACAUGUUAAUCUAUUGAUUUAGAGAAUUUAUAUCAAUUCAUGUAACAUUAUCUCUUUAUCUUGAUAAAUACAUCUUAGGUUCAACA